AUGAGCGAUGUGAGGCAGGCCAUCCUUGACGCCCUGGGUGCUGCCGCGGACGCGAACCCAGACAUCCGUCACCAUGGUGAGGCACAGUUACAGCGGUUGAAAGAGAGCCCGGAGAUCUUUUUUUCAAGUUGCGCGGAGUUGUUUACGGACGCUAGGGUGCCGACUCGGGGACGGCAACUUGUCGGAUACCUCCUGAAAAAUCAUUUGGCGCAUCCAUCGUGUCUGCAGAACAAGACGCUGCAGGUUGCGGUCAUGGAGAGCGCAGUGGUGGACCCGGAGUGCAGCAUACGCGCUGUGGCAUGCGCCAUCAUCAGUGCUGCUGUCAGGGAAGCAUAUUGGCCGGUGCAGCCCGUCGUCAGUUCCCUCACAGGUGUUUUUUCCACACGCAGUGGGGAGUUACACGCCGUUCAUGGCGCAAUGCGUGCAUUGUCGCAGAUUGUUGAUGAUACCGUGCAACUCCUGGACAUGCGGCAACUCACUGGUGUUGUUGUGAGUGCUGUUUUGCCCUAUCUCAGAACACAACUUGGAGGGCGAGAGGGCCUGGAGGUGCAGCUAAAGGCAUUAGAUACAGUUUCUGUAGUGCUUGAGCAGGCUGGCUUUGAUUGUAGCAGCUUUUCUUACAGCAGUAUGCGUCCUUAUGUUCUAAAUGUUAUUGAAUCCUGCUUUAUGAAUCUGCAGAACCCGUCUUCUGCUCAGUUGUCCACCAAGUCUGUGAAGUGUCUUGUUUUGUCACUUGGCUACCACGACCUUAUAUCUGACGA